AUGGCCUCUGAGACGAAUGAGGAAGGCGGACCUGGUCAAAUUUAUGCUAAGUUCGUCGAUGACGCAGAAAAGAUUAUGCGCCAGUUCAGUACUCCUGUCAUGUCUGCCAACCUACUGAACAAAAUGACCAGUCAGCAACUGUGGCCAGACACUGCUCCGGCGGAGUGGAGUACCUACCAUCAGAUAACCAAUGUACAACGCCUACAACUGGAGAAGAUGUUUGAGAUAAUACAGAGUAUCGACGAAAAUGCCUGCAGUGGAUGGCAGCCUCAGAGGAUAUGGACAAGUACGAUCGUUACCAUGGGAACCUAUGGAAAAAAGUCCUUCGAAUAUAACGGAAAGAAAGAACUGGCGGCGCAGCUGGUUUCGAACGAAGGCAUUGCUUCCCUCAAAGCUGAUUGUGCGCUCAUUCUCAAGCUCAUCACCAAGCUCACCGAAUCCCCUACCCCGAAAUAA